CAACAGCAGCAGCAACAACAGGAGGAGGAGGAGCAGCAGCAGCAGCCGCAGCAGCAGGAGGAGCAGCAGCAGGAGGAGGAGCAGCAGCAGGAGGAGGAGCAGCAGCAGGAGGAGGAGCAGCAGCAGGAGGAGGAGGAGCAGCAGGAGGAGCAGCAGCAGGAGGAGCAGCAGGAGGAGGAGCAGCAGGAGGAGCAGCAGCAGGAGGAGGAGCAGCAGCAGGAGGAGCAGCAGCAGGAGGAGCAGCAGCAGGAGGAGGAGCAGCAGCAGGAGGAGCAGCAGCAGGAGGAGGAGCAGCAGGAGGAGGAGCAGCAGGAGGAGGAGCAGCAGCAGCAGCAGCGGCGGCUUGGGCGUCUGCUACUGCCAGCUGGGUCUGGUUCUGGGUUCACUCAGGCACAGUGUGACUACAACGAAGGUCAGGCCAGAGAGGCCAGCCUCCUGUCAAAAGAGGGUGCCACAUCAGCCGUAGAUGCCACGUCAGCAGACAAUGCCACGUCAGCGGGGCCUGCAGCUGGGGAUGCAGCAGAGGAUGCGACAGCAGUGGAGGAGGCGGCCUCUCUGCUGCUCCAAUCGUACAUUGAGAAGGCAGAGGCGCUGAGCAACGUGUUCACAUUGGCACAGAGAGAGGACACCCCUGGCGAGUCGUACAUGGAGAAAGCAGAGGCGCUGAGCAACGUGUUCCGACUGGCACAGAGAGAGGACACCCCGGGCGAGUCGUACAUUGAGAAAGCAGAGGCGCUGAGCAACGUGUUCCGACUGGCACAGAGAGAGGACACCCCGGGCGAGUCGAACAUUACUGGCACAGGCAGAGAACACUCCUGGCGAGCUGCCAGAGCACCUCUCGUGCCGCAUCAUGCUCGACAUUCUCCGCGAUCCCGUGAUAACACCGAGCGGAGUGACAUACGAACGAUCGGCAAUAGAGGAGCAUCUCAAAACGGGCAACUCGUUUGA